AUGUAUUUUGCAACCAUUCUUACUGCUGCCCUUGUCGCUGCAGCACCAACAAAAAGAGAAACAACCUGCCAAUUCCCAAGCGACAAAGGCCUUGUUUCGAUCACUUCCAGUAAAUCCAACGCUGGAUGGGCGCUUUCUCCAGACCAGAAGUGCACAGCAGGCUCCUACUGCCCUUAUGCUUGUCCUCCAGGCAAGUUGAUGGCCCAAUGGGAUUCUUCUGCCAAAUCCUACAGCGUUGGCAGCUCCAUGAACGGUGGUCUCUACUGUAACGACGAUGGAGAACUCUCGAAACCAUUUUCUGACAAGGACUACUGUGUGGACGGUACCGGAACCGUUCAGGUGAACAACAAGGCGCUGAGCAACGUUGCCUUCUGCCAGACUGUUUUGCCAGGAAACGAGGCAAUGUUGAUUCCCACAAAUGUGGAUGGCGGUGACACCGAAACCUUGGCAGUGCCUGACGAGAGCUACUAUGCUUCCUCUGCUGCCCACUACUACAUCAAUCCAUUGGGCGUUUCUACUGAUGAGGGGUGCGUUUGGGGCACCAAGGAUAAGUCUGUGGGCAACUGGGCUCCUUACGUUGCCGGUGCUAACACUGACUCCGACGGGAGAACCUUCUUGAAGAUUGGAUGGAACCCUAAGUACAUUGAUGAUUUCAAGGACAAGCCAUCCUUCGGUAUCCGUAUCACUUGUGAUGGCAACGAUUGUGAUGACAACUCGUGCGAGAUCGACCCAUCCAAAGACGGAUACAAUGGUAUCAGCGGCGGUAGCACCGGUAAGUCGCUCGGCGCCUCGUACUGUGUUGUCACAGCUAAGGACAAGAAGAAGGCCACGAUUGAGGUGUUCUCUGUGUAA